UUAUGGUUUUCUUUCCAAGGGGAUUAUAUCUCUCUCUAUAUAUAUUUAGGGUGGCUUCAGCCAUAAAGCAGCUGGGUCAGAAGGAGGAAAAGUGUCCGUGUGUAUGAAAUAAAACCUCAGCUGUGAGAAUGACAGUCACUUGAAAUGCCAAGACAAAGCAGUGGUUCUGAUGGUUUUGCUGGUCCAUUUUAAAAGCUGUAUAAGCUGUCCUUUCCCUUGUGAGACUCCACUAAGGAGCUAGUGCAGGCAGAACAAACCCCCUCAGCCCAGGCUGCCUGUUUGCCCAGCACAGGAUGACUUCAGAACCGGCACCAGAUGGGGACCCCGGCAGGAGAGCCCCGAAGAAGCCGUGUCCGUUCAGCAUCGAGGACAUCCUCUCCAGCCCUGUGGAGAAGAGCCCCCAGGUCUUGGUCCCGCUGUGCCUGCGGGGCAUCUUGGACUGCACACCCAAAGGGCUGUGUGAGCUGGAGACCAUCCCGGCCAGCUCCCUGCAGGAGGAGGAGGAGGAGGAGGAAGAGGAAGAGCUGGAAGGGGCAGGCUGUGGCUGCUGCUGCUGUUCUCACACAGGUGCCCGGUCUCUGCAGGACUCGCCGGUUUGGCUGGAUGCUCGGCUCCCCUGGCCCAUGAGGCUCUUCCACUCGGCAGUCAGGGUCUGCAAGAGUCCCCAGGAGAACUCCAGCGAGCUGCAGACUUUCCACCAGAUCCAGCGCCGGACGCGCCGGCACCGCACCAUCUUCACCGAGGAGCAGUUGCAGGCCCUGGAAACGCUUUUCCACCAGAACCAGUACCCGGACGUCGUCACCCGGGAGCACCUGGCAAACCGCAUCCACCUGAAGGAGGAGAGGGUAGAGGUUUGGUUUAAAAAUCGUCGGGCGAAGUGGCGGCACCAGAAGAGGGCGAGUGCCUCAGCACUGAUCCUGCAGGGCACCAAGCAGCCCCCCGAGGAGAGCUGUUAG